AUGGUUUCUUGCCCCAUUUGUGGGAAUUCAGUCCCGUCCCUGAAGAUCAAUGAUCACAUUGAUUCCAACUGUCAAAGCUUCAUUGAUGAGCCGACCUCCAGCUCAGGGGAACAAUCCUCCCAGAAGGCAAAUGUCCCCAGCUUCUUUCAACCGACCUCGGCUCGCAAGGCUUCCGCUCAAGCCAGUUCACAAAAGGAUACGCAGCCCUCUCAAGUCGACGCCUCACCUUUGCGGAGUGUCAACGGAAAAAGAAAUUUGACCCGCGAGACCGAUUCCCCAUCGGAAAGACCCAGACCCAAAUAUGAGGAUGCAGUGUCGGAAUCGCAGCCGAAACGGCCUAGGGUAAACGCGUUUCAAAAAGCUGCACCUUUAGCAGAGCGAAUGCGUCCACGGACGCUCGACGACGUUUGUGGCCAGGAGCUUGUGGGGCCUAACGGCAUUCUUCGUGGACUUAUCGAGCAGGAUAGGGUUCCAAGCAUGAUACUCUGGGGUGGUGCCGGGAUGGGGAAAACAACUAUCGCAAGGGUGAUUGCAUCAAUGGUGGGCAGCAGAUUCGUGGAGAUCAACAGCACUAGCACUGGGGUUGCGGAGUGCAAGAAGCUCUUCUCUGAAGCAAAGAGCGAGCUUAGUCUCACGGGAAGAAAGACCAUAAUAUUCUGCGAUGAGAUCCAUCGAUUUUCCAAGUCACAGCAGGAUGUUUUCUUAGGACCCGUGGAGAGUGGGCAAGUCACGCUCAUUGGAGCCACAACGGAGAACCCAUCUUUUAAAGUCCAGAAUGCGUUGCUUUCCAGAUGUAGGACAUUCACCCUAUCCAAAUUGACAGACGAAAAUGUCAACGAUAUCCUCCAUCGCGCUCUUAGGGUGGAAGGGCCGAAUUAUUCGCCUUCUGCCUUGGUGGAUGAAGAGUUGGUUCAAUAUCUGGCCAAGUUCUCAGAUGGUGAUGCCAGGACUUCUCUCAAUCUCCUGGAGCUUGCUAUGGACUUGUCGAAACGUCCUGGGAUUACUAAAGAUGAGCUGAAACGUUCACUUACCAAGACAUUGGUCUAUGAUCGUGCUGGUGAUCAACACUACGAUACCAUCUCAGCUUUCCAUAAAUCCAUCCGGGGUAGCGACCCAGAUGCCGCGCUCUACUACCUUGCCCGCAUGAUUCAAUCAGGCGAAGAUCCUCUAUACAUCGCUCGACGUCUGAUUGUCCUCGCCUCCGAAGAUAUCGGUUUGGCUGAUAACACCAUGCUGACCCUUGCCAUUUCGACCCAUGCCGCCGUGGAAAAGGUUGGGCUUCCCGAAGCACGAAUCAAUCUUGGACACGCCACGGUGGCUAUGGCACUAUCAAAGAAAAGUACUCGAUCUUAUCGAGGUCUCAAUAACGCUUUCGCCGCGCUGGAAGAGCCGGGCAUUGCCGGGCUGCCAGUCCCAAUCCAUCUAAGGAACGCCCCCACACGACUGAUGAAGGAUAUAGGAUAUGGGAAGGAGUACAAAUAUAACCCCAAUUAUGUCGACGGUCAGGUUUCGCAAGAGUACCUGCCAGACAAGCUGCAAGGUCGAAAGUUUCUAGAGGACUUAGAUCUAGGCGAGAAGGUUGAUCCAGACCUUGGCAUUGGAGAGUAUCCAUACAUGGAGACUGAUUCAUGA